AUGCGGAAAUGGUCGUCGAACGAGCCAUCAGUUGUCGCAAGCAUCCCCGAGAGUGACCGGUUAUCUGCUGUUGAAAUUAACAAAGAAGAGCCGUCUAAAACCAAGACUCUGGGUGUCUUGUGGGAUCCUGAAAGAGAUGUAUUUACCUUCAGAGUGGAACCUCCUGAUGCGAAUAAAACCCCUACGAAACGUAAUGUACUGAGCGCCAUAGCUGCUGUAUAUGACCCCCUUCAGUUUCUCUCGCCAUUCCUUGUUCGGGCUAAAAUUUUCAUGCAGGAGAUUUGGAGAGCAGGGUUGGAUUGGGAUGACAAACCUUCCAAGUGA